AUGCCAGCGCGGAAUCUGAAGUCGCUGAAGCCGCCGUCCGAGGAGUACAUGGAGAAGGCUCGGAGGAAGGCGGCGGACUACACAACGGCACAUGGUUCUGGCACUGGCACUGGUCCCGGUGCUGGUGAUAUACCCAUCUUGAAGAGCACGGGUGAGAUUGAGUAUGUCAGUGCCGGCGACGCCACGAGCUCUGGCACCAAGGCUGUGCCAUCGGGUACAGCUGAGCCCGCCCCCCCGUCCUUCCCGUCGCAACUGUGGUUGCUCUACAACGAUGAGAAGUGGAGGCUACAAAACGCUGCUCAAAAGAUGGCGGAUGAGUUUACGGCGGGCGUGCACCCCUACGCCAUAGCGGAGGGCUACCCAAAGCAUUCGGUUGCCACGUAUGGUAAAUACCUGGGCGACGACGACGGAAGACCGCACUCAGUCGGGUACAUUGUGAGGCUAGCCGCUAUCUACGACACCGUUCGACAGGCUCCGCCGUCAGAGGUGUUUGCAUUCACCGCAUUGCUGAGGGAUGUCACAGCGGGGAUUCGAUGA